GCUGUGGGAGUCCUAGGGCAGGCAGAUAGGAGUCUGCAGAGGAGAAGGGGCAGUGCUGAGGCUGAAAUGGGAAAGGACUCCAGUAGCUGGAGCCUGAGUGUCUGGCUCUGGGAUGGGAAGAAUAGAGCCAGGCAGGCAGCAGGCAUCAAGGCCUGGAAAUGGGGCAAGGGUGGGGGCCAAGGCAAGUCCUGAGAUGGCAGGGCACCAGGAAGGUCACAGGAUCAGGGUAGAGACUCAGGUGUCUUGGAGGCCCUGAAGAGGGUGCUGACCUCUGAGCUACUUGUUUCGACUUUUCCCUCAGGUGUGUCAAUGCCCCUCCCUUCAGCAAGGGCCAACCAGGCCUACUGGCGGGGUGACGGAGGGGUACAGACAGAGCUUACUCCAUGCUGCCAGGUGGAACUCAGGCCAAGCCAGCGGGCACACUUCCCCACACUCCCAGGACUGUGCCAGCUUCAGCAGUCAGGGGAUAGGCCACCUUGUCCUGGCCACCUCUGGGUUGGGAAGUGGAUGCCUGUGCCUUUAAAUUCUCAGCAGGUUGAAACGGCUGAUGACAUCACUGGUCCCCGGGAGCGGAGGAGCUGGAUCUAGAGCCUGAGGGAGCCCGGGCUGCCAGGGGCUGCAGACAUGGAGGGCCACAGCAGCAGUGGCAGCAGGAGGCCAGGGACCCUGGCUGGCCUGGGCCCCCUGCCCAUGCCCCAUGGGGUUUUCCAAACUGGAGCACCCUCCAAGGUGUAUGGAAUCUUCUGGGGUCUAUAUGGAAGUCGGGGCCUAAGCCACUGGUUAGGGUUACCCUGUGUCUUUAACUUGUCCUCUACAAGGUGGACUCAAGUUUUCAGCUCCCAGCCAAGGAGAAGGCAGCCCCAGUACCCUUGGAACCAAGGCUGGCUCUGGCACCUCUGGGGCCACGUGCUGCCGGGCCACUUUCCUCAGAGGGGCCAAGACUGGCUUUGUCAUCUCCUCCACCCCUCCUGGCUCCACUGUCUACCCCUGAAAGGCAGAAAACAGCUCCUGCCCGCCUCAGCUCCAGCCUGGCUUCAACCUCUGUGGGCCAGUUGAUGUCGGCCUCUGCUGGGCGGACGCCUCCUGCAGCCACUUCAGGCUCGGUCCUGGCUCCGACCUCCCUGGGGCAGCUGGUGAUGUCUGCCUCAGCUGCGCCCAGGCUGCCUCCAGCCGCUCUGGGGCCCAGGCUGGCUCCAGUGUCUAGGGACCAGAAGCAGGUGCCACCUGUCUCCGUGGGACCCAAGCCAGCACUGGCCACUUCAGGCCUAAGCCUGGCCCUGGCAUCUGAGGAGCAGCGCCCACAGCCCCCCUCCCACUCUUCCCCAAUGCCCAGUCCGAUUCUAUCGCCCUCUCAGGAACAGACCCUGGCUCCAGUAUCCAUGGGAUCAGCCCUGGCCUCUGUGGGACGGACACCAGCUAAACAGAGGGAUGUCCCAGCCCCUAGACCUCUCCCCACUUCUGAAGGGCAUCUCCAGCCUCCGGCUCAGGCAUCCAGUCCUGCGGGCUCCCCAACUUUGAUCCAAGCUCUCCCAGAUCCCCGGACCUCUCCCUCCUUCAGAGCCAGGCCCGAGGUCCCCCGCAGCAGCCCUGAGGAUCCUGUCCUGCCCCAGCCACCCCAGUCGCUGCCCUUGAAUACAGGCCAGGGCCCUACAGAGCCUGGUGCCCGCUCCCCAGGACUUCUGUCCCCCACCUUCCGGCCAGGGGUCCCCUCAGCCCAGACUGUGCCCCCACCUCUGCCCAAGCCACCCCGGUCUCCCAGUCGCUCCCCCAGCCGCUCCCCUAACCGCUCCCCCAACCGUUCCCCCAACUGCUCCCCCUGUGUCCCCCCAGCCCCUGAGAUGGCCCUCCCCAGGCCUGGCACCCAGGGUGCAGGGCCUGGUGGGCACCUGAGCCCUAGCCUUCAGCCCCAAGAAAUUCCAGUCCCAGUCACCACCUCCCCAUCUACAUCCACUUCAUCAUCAUCAACCUCUUGGUCAGCUCAGCCUACCUGCAAGAGUGACCCCGGCUUCUGGAUCACUGUGGUCACAUGGAAUGUGGGCACUGCCAUGCCCCCUGACGACGUCACAUCCCUCCUCCACCUGGGCAGUGGCAGCGAUGACGGUGACAAGGCAGACAUGAUUGCCAUAGGGUUGCAGGAAGUGAACUCCAUGAUCAACAAGAGGCUCAAGGACGCGCUCUUCACAGAUCAGUGGAGCGAGCUUUUCAUGGAUGCACUGGCGCCUUUCAACUUCGUGCUGGUGAGUACGGUGAGGAUGCAGGGUGUCAUUCUGCUGCUGUUCGCCAAGUACUACCAUCUGCCCUUCCUGAGGGACGUGCAGACCGAUUGCACGCGCACUGGACUGGGUGGCUAUUGGGGCAACAAGGGUGGAGUAAGUGUGAGACUGGCGGCCUUCGGGCACAUGCUCUGCUUCCUGAACUGCCACCUGCCAGCACACAUGGACAAGGCGGAGCAGCGCAAGGACAACUUCCAGACGAUCCUCAGCCUCCAGCAGUUCCAGGGGCCAGGGGCGCAAGGCAUCCUGGAUCAUGACCUCGUGUUCUGGUUUGGGGACCUAAACUUCCGAAUCGAGAGCUUCGACCCACACUUUGUCAAGUUUGCCAUUGACAACAACCAGCUCCACAAGCUCUGGGAGAAGGACCAGCUCAACAUGGCCAAGAACACCUGGCCCAUCCUGAAGGGCUUCCAGGAGGGACCCCUCAACUUUGCACCAACCUUCAAGUUUGACGUGGGUACUAACAAAUAUGACACCAGUGCCAAGAAGCGGAAGCCAGCCUGGACAGACCGUAUCCUGUGGAAAGUCAAGGCUCCGCGAGGAGGUCGCAGCCCCUCCGGACAGGAGAGCUACCGGCUGCAGGUGACCCAGCACAGCUACCGCAGCCACAUGGAAUACACAGUCAGUGACCACAAGCCUGUGGCUGCACAGUUUGUCCUGCACUUUGCCUUCAGGGACGACAUACCACUGGUGCGGCUGGAGGUGGCGGACGAGUGGGUGAGGCCAGAGCAGGCUGUGGUGAGGUACCGCAUGGAAACUGUGUUCGCCCGUAGCUCCUGGGACUGGAUCGGCUUGUACCGGGUGGGUUUCCGCCACUGCAAGGACUACGUGGCUUAUGUCUGGGCCAAACACGAGGAUGUGGACAGGAACAUCUACCAGGUGACAUUCAGUGAGGAGUCGUUGCCCAAGGGCCACGGAGACUUCAUCCUGGGCUAUUACAGCCACACCCACAGCAUCCUCAUUGGAGUCACGGAGCCCUUCCAGAUCUCGCUGCCUACCUCGGAGUCGGCCAGCAGCACAGACAGCUCAGGUACCAGCUCGGAGGAUGAGGAUGACAGCACCCUGGAGCUGCUCGCACCCAAGUCCCGAAGCCCCAGUCCUGGCAAGUCCAAGCGGCACCGCAGUCGCAGCCCCGGCUUGGCCCGCUUCCCUGGCCUGGCCUUGAGACCCUCCUCCCGCGAACGCCGAGGCACCAGCCGGAGCCCCUCACCCCAGAGCCAUCACCUGCCCUGUGUGGCCCGCAACAGGGGCAAUGAUGGAGGCAGCCAGGGCAGUAGUGAGGAGGGGCCCUCUGGGCUGCCUGACCCCUGGGCCUUCCCACCAUCUGUGCCUAAAAGCCUAGGCUUGCUGCCUGCCUUGCGCCUCGAGACUGUAGACCCUGGAGGUGGUGGCUCCUGGGGACCUGAUCAGGAGACCCCGACCCCAGGCAGCCUGACUCCCAGCCCCCAGGGCCGGCAGAAGUUGGAGGAAGGGGGCCUGGGUCCCUGAAGGCAGGGUGGGCUGGGGGUACAGGUGGUUCCCACUCUGCCCCAACCUUCUGCAAAACCAUCUGCCUCUCUCCUGCUGCUGCUCCAGCUUUAUCCACACCUGUCACCCUGUCCCGGCCAGCAGUGGCCAACUCGGGUCCCCUCAGAUCAAUCCUGGCACCUCAACUGUGACAAUCAGCAAAGCCCUAUCUAGACCCCCAUCUGGGAUGGAGGGGUGGGGCAAUUCUAGAGGUCACUGAUUAGGAAUUAAAUUCUCCAGCCUCA